AUGCACUCUUGUGGUAAUACACAUUGGGCCCCCGUGGUCAUACAACGAUGCGAAUCACAGGAUGCGGCUCGUGCCGCCGCCGCGGACCUUGCGCAUGAUCCCAGCCGGAAGGCGCGCGACGCGAGCUUGAAGAACAUAGCCGUCCUCACCACCGCUGAGGAAACAGUGGCGCCCGUCGUGGACGAGGCGACUGCCAAAGCCGCCCGCAGUUAUCAGAUGAGCAUGGAUCGAGCCCGUGAUAACCUGCGCUACCAAGCCACAAAUCAGAAUCUUACAGACAAGGAUGAGAAGGAUUGCUGGCAGUUGGGUCACACCGCAGACGGCCAACCCUAUUACCUCAACCUGAAAACCUUUGAAACACGAACCACCAAGCCGGAGGGAUAUCGUGAUCCGGCCGUUGUUGAAAAGGAGCGAGCGAAAGCAGAGCGAGAAAAGGAGGCGCUCGCCCGCGCCGAAGCUGCCGCCACCACCUGGGAAGAGGUGGACCCAAUUCAGAAGCGCCUGCAGGCCAGAGCCGCGGCGCAACGUAAAAACGACGAGCCGGCCGAGGCACAUCCCUUUGAUAAGCUCUACCAAGACUCAACCCUUACUUUUGAAGCCAAGGCAACCCCUGAAUUUAAGCGCCCCAAGGUCAGCGCGGCCGGUGACGAUGGUGAUGGAGCCGCGCCCAUGCUUAAAAAGAAGAAAAAUCGGGACAAAGGCGCAGCUCGCCAACGACAUCGCAAAUCUGCUGCCGACUUGUAA